UUCUGCAUUAAGUUGGUAUAUUUCUUCUUGUUAGCUUAUGAAAUUGUAGAUUUUUUUUUGGGGGUGUUAUUGAGCUGAUAAUGAUUUUUUCUACAAUGUUAAAAUCUCCUAAGGGCUUUUGGGUUUUUUUUUUUUUUUUUUUUUUUUUUUUUUUGGGUACGUGUAUGGAUAUGGCGUUGAUGUAGACGAGAUUGAAUGAAUGUCAUAGAGAGUCACGUAAAGUAGUGAUGUAGACGAGAUUUAAUAUUGAAUGUCAAGUUGGUUAUUUUGUUCAAUGAAUAACAUUACUAUUGUGUUGAUUUGUUUGAUAAAUCCUUUUUAUAUUACUCCAUGAUUAUGUAGUGUAAGUAAUUGACCUCUAUUAUUGAAUGUGUUUGAUCCAUUAUAAAAAAUUAACUAAGUUAUAUUUUGGGGUAACAAAUUAUGAUACUGAUAUCUGAGAGCUGUUGAUCUUGAUGGUGAUUUCACCUUGUGAUUUUGUAAAGGUAUACUUGAGGUCAGAGUAAUCAAAUGUGAUGAACAAAUAUAUCUUGAAGCUAUUUCAAAUGAUUUGCGCUCUUAUGUGUAUCAAUAUCCUACAUGAUCUUUCACAAAUAUGUUAUAUAGAUGGAACAAAAUAACUGGAAAAUCAAUCUUAUAUGGUACUUGUAUAUAUUGGCAUCACAAUGUGAUAUGAGUGUUUGAUUGUCUAUUCUUUGCAGAGUUUUUUCCGCGUUUUAUGAGUGUAGAAGCAAUGACCAUGACCGAAACAAUGUCUGGAUCUGUUGCGCAGUCCCUUAAACCGGGACUUGAGAAACCUGACAUUGAUUUCUACGAUGAUGAGAAGAGAACGAAGCUUGGUUCCUUCAAGAAGGCGGCUUUUAAUGUCUCAAGCAUGUUUAGAAACUCGCUGACAAAGAAAGGUAGAAGGAACAGCAGGGUCAUGUCUUUUGCUUUCGAAGAUGAACAUGAUGCAGAGGAAAUGAAGGCAGUAGAUGCAUUUCGUCAGGCCCUUAGUUUGGAAGAAUUGCUGCCUUCAAAGCAUGAUGAUUAUCACAUGCUGCUUAGAUUCUUGAAGGCCAGGAAGUUUGAUAUUGAGAAGUCAAAGCAAAUGUGGUCUGACAUGAUCCAAUGGAGAAAGGAUUUUGGUGCUGACACAAUCAUGGAGGAUUUUGAGUUCAAGGAAGUUGAAGAAGUCAAGCAAUACUAUCCUCAAGGACACCAUGGAGUUGACAAGGAAGGCCGGCCAGUUUACAUUGAGAAGUUGGGUCAGGUUGAUCCGAAUAAGUUGAUGCAAGUCACCUCCAUGGACCGAUAUCUUAAAUAUCACGUCCAAGAGUUUGAGAGGACCUUUAUUGAUAAGUUUCCAGCUUGUUCGAUUGCUGCAAAGAAACACAUCGAUCAGAGUACCACUAUUCUGGAUGUUCAAGGAGUGGGGCUUAAGAACUUCAACAAGGCAGCAAGGGAACUCAUCCAGACCCUACAAAAGAUAGAUGGUGACAACUACCCUGAGACCUUGUGCAGGAUGUACAUCAUCAAUGCAGGAUCUGGUUUCAGGCUGUUGUGGAGCACCGUUAAGUCAUUUCUUGAUCCUAAGACCACCCAGAAGAUUCAUGUCCUGGGCAACAAGUACCAAAGCAAACUGCUUGAGAUUAUUGAUGCCAGUGAACUGCCAGAAUUUUUGGGCGGUACCUGCACCUGUGCAGAAAAAGGUGGCUGCUUGAAAUCUGAUAAAGGGCCAUGGAAUGAUCCUGAGAUAAUGAAGAUGGUUCGUAAUGGUGAGGCCAAAUGCAACGUAAGGGGUCCCUUCCCAGUGAUAGACGAGAAAACCAUUGGUGAAGAUGAGAUGGCAAAACCAAAGGGAUGCAACUCAUGCGACUCAGAUGCUUUCCAGUAUUAUGCAUCCAAAGAACCUAUGUGCAAAGAUGCACCUAGUCCCUUCCCAUAUGACAACUUCAUCCCAAUAGUAGACAAGGACAUGGAAAAAUCGUGGAGCAAACCUGUUGAUAUCAACAUGAACAAGCUGGCCAUGACCAAAGGUUGUUUACCAUCAAAGAACAGUUUUGAUGGUUCUAAUCAGAAAUUCAGCAACCAUUUAGUCACUGGUCUCAUGUCCGUGAUGAUGGGCAUUGUAACGAUGAUCAGAUUGACUCGAAACAUGCCCAAGAAGCUCACUGAUGCAACCUUAUAUACUUACUGUGAUGAGUCUGCUGUGAAGGACUCACAUAAAUUGCCUGGACAUGCAAUCUCUGAGGUUGAGUAUUUUGCAAUGAUGAAGCGCAUGGGUGAAUUGGAAGGGAAGGUGAUUUCCCUUAGUGCAAAACCAGCAAUCAUGCCUCCCGAAAAAGAGGAAAUGCUCAACAAUGCAAUGAACCGUGUAGAAGUCCUCGAGCAGGAACUUUCCGCAACAAAGAAGCUUCUUGAGGAAUCAAUGCAAAGACAGGGAGAGCUGUUAGCAUUCCUCGAAAAGAAGAAAAAGAAGAAGAAGAUGUUCCUUUUUUGAGCACAUCAGUUCUUCUGGUCAGAGAUAGUAGAAGUGAGUUGUCUGUAAACUGUCCGCUGCCUUGCUGUAAUAUUAAGAGUCGAAGAGUCUCUAACCUGGAGGCGAUUGCGAGUUAUAUCCCCCGCUAUCCCCCUCGAUGUUUGCCUGUUGCUUUGUAUAUGACUAAUAUACUAUCACCAAAGUUAUCUAUCUUAUAUUUUUUCUUUGAUAUUACUUCUGAAAAGUUUGUACAUCGUAAAAAUGACUUCAGCGGACACUUGUACUCAAUGAGACUAUGACCCCUUGUGUUUUGUGA